AAUUUAGCAAAAGCGUUGGUUGCCAUUGACUGCACCAAAGAUACAACACCAUUAACCAAACCAACAUAGUUAGGAUAUGGCACUUGGUCUCAACGAAGGCGAGAGCGAUAAUGUUGAUAUUAACCAGGAUGAUUUAAUUAAUUCUCCCGAGACUACCGAGUCUCAAGUGAACAAACCAGCGAUCCGUCAAGUGCGAUUAAUCUUGGACCAUUCAGCCUUUGUUAGAGGGAUCGGAAACGUCAAGAGAUGGUUCAAUGACGAAUACGUCAAAGCUAAUGCCACCCGUUCAAACGAGGUUAUCCAUCUAAGUAUAUUCAUUCCUUCAUAUACCUUGCACGAGUUUGAGUUUGUCAAGCGAGGCACUUCAAUCAGUGCCACCAAUGCCCGAGAAGCUAUCAGAUUCAUUGAUAAUUACUUUGAAAACGAGGACAACGAAGACAGAAAAAACAGUGUUAUUGAGUACGAUCUUUCGUUGGAGUCUUCCACAGAUACAAUCCCGUCUUGGAAUAGUUGCUUGCGUUAUAAGACUCAUUCUCCGAAAGUGAAAGAAUUUCCAAACUACAAAACUAAGUUUGAUUCUAAUUUGAUUGGACAACUGGGUGCUUCUGGGGAAAGAAGAUCUUCAAAAGGAGGGAAUGACGAAAACGAUUUCGACAUAAACUUCACGGAAACUUUUGAUAGCUCAUUACUGUUCAAAGAAAGAAGUAAUCUGGUUCUGAGCGAGAAUUCAAACGAUUUGCCUGACUCUAACCAGUACGCGGAGAUGCCGGCAAGAUUAAAGUAUUUGAUUAGAACGUGUAUCUACAAGAGAUUUCUUGAGAAACACGAGUCACAUAAUGAUACUCAGGAGUGGAAGUUAGUCACCGAAGACUCCAUUGCCAAGAUUUGGGCAAAGAGCUUUGGCAUUGAUUGUGUUAAUGUCAAUGAAGCAGAAUUGUUGAUUUUCAAGAGUUAUGAUGUUAAUCUGUUCAGAAUCUACAAUCCUCAUAACAAUUUUUCAGUUGAAGAAGAGUUUGAUCCAUCUAGUAAUAUCUUACAAAAUACCAUUGAUACAACAUUGUACUCGUACACCACCGUACAUGAAGAUGCUCCAAACAACAAGAACUCCAGAGGCAGAUCUCAUAAUAACCGUGGCAAUAGAAGAGGCAAGAAGGGUAGACAGAGUGCUAUACCUACUACUCUUGCCGUUCAAAGUGCCAGACAAACCCCUGAUGGAUCCUUUAUAAAGAGAGAGAAAUUCCAAGCUAUUAAUUAUGCACCAAGAGGUUCUGGUGAUUUAUGGGAGCCUUAGGUUAUUUUGGAAUUAUAGCAAGAAUAGAUUUUCCCCAUGACUCGAUACACAUGCUGAAUUAAGGUUUAUUUUGAGUCAUCAUACCGCAUGGAAUCAGAGGCGGAUUUUUGUUUGCUUAAUCAAGCAGAUCUAUGCUAUCAGUGAAGAUGUUUUACAAGUCCCAAAAACCAAAGGGAUUAGAUAUAAAUUAAUCACCCAUAUGUCUUUAACUGGAUUAUUUAUUCUUAAACAUGUUAUAUAGAGAGAAGUUGAAGUUAUUACUAAGUAGUAAUUGAAUUAGUAACUGAUAUACCGUCUUGGAUAUAUAUGCAGUACCAAAAUUUAGACCAUUAUACACGACAUUAUUUUUUUUUC